AUGGCUGGGAACAGAAAUGCCACCACUGUGACUGUAUUCAUCUUCCUGGGCUUUUCUGAUCAUCCCCAAAUACAAAUAAUCCUCUUUGUGGUAUUUUUGGGGAUCUACCUCCUGACUCUGGCCUGGAAUCUGGGGCUCAUCACCCUGAUCCGGAUGGACUCCCACCUCCAGACACCUAUGUAUUUCUUCCUCAGCAACCUAUCCUUUGUGGACAUCUGCUACAGCUCUUCUACCACUCCCAAGAUGCUGGCCUGUACCAUUGCAGAUCAGAAAACCAUUUCCUUCCUGGGUUGUGCCAUUCAAUAUUUUGUCUUUUGUGGCAUGGGGCUGACCGAGUGCUUUCUUCUGGCUGCUAUGGCUUACGACCGCUAUGCUGCUGUGUGUAAUCCAUUGCUCUACACGGCCAUCAUGUCCCCCACACUCUGUAUCAAAAUGGUGGGAGGCGCAUUUACGGGUGGGUUUUUUAGCUCUCUGAUUGAAACCUACUCUGUCUACAAUCAUCAGUUCUGUGGACCGAAUAUCAUCAAUCAUUUCUUCUGUGACCUUCCUCCCGUUCUAGCUUUAGCUUGUUCUGACACCUUCGCAAGUCAGAUCGUGACCUUUCUUGUGGGGGUCGUUGUCGGGAUAAUGUCUGUCCUUGUGAUCCUCAUCUCUUAUGUUUAUAUUGUUGCUGCCGUGCUGAAGAUCAACUCCACCAAAGGUAGGUCUAAGGCCUUUAGCACCUGUGCAUCUCACCUGACUGCGGUGAUACUGUUCUAUGGCUCUGGCCUUUUCAUGUACAUGCGUCCCAGCUCCAGCUACGCCCUGAGCAGGGAUAAGAUGGUGUCGGUCUUCUAUGCGGUGGUGAUCCCUAUGGUGAAUCCCAUGAUAUAUAGCCUUCGAAACAAGGAGAUUAAAAAUGCCAUGAAGAAGAUAAUUGAGAGGGAAUGGGGAAUUUCUCAUCACCCUAUCUACUUUUGA